CAAUUUUAAAAAGAUAUCAAGAAGAUAAAUAUGGAUUAAAUUACAAAACUCUUAAAUUACCUGUUGAAACUAGAUGGGGUUCUUCAGCAAAUUGUUUAAAUUCAAUUAAAGUUAAUCAAUUAGCAAUUAGUUUAGCAACUACUGAAUUAAUUAAUAAUUCAACAACUAUUAUUAAUUCAGAAAUUAUAGAAAUUGUUCAAAAUAAUGAAUUUUGGAAUGAAGUUCAGAAUUUAUUAGUUAUUUUAAAAAUUCUUGUAAGUGGCAUUACAAUUUUUGAAAGUGAUAUAUCAUAUUUAUCACAAUUUUAUAAAUGGUAUGAAAAUCUUGAAACUAAUGAAUAUGAAUUUUGGGAAAACUUAUUUGAAAAUAAUGAAAAUAACUUAGAUUUAAUUGAUGAUUUAGAAGAAGAAAUAGAAGAAUUAAAUAUUAAUUAUGAUGAAAAUCAAAAUAGUGAUAAUCAGUAUAGUGAUGAUUUAUAUAGUGAUGAUCUAUAUAGUGAUGAUUUAUAUAAUAAAUAUCAAGAUAUUGAAGAUCAAAACAUUGAAGAAUAA